AGAGGGCCGUGCUGUUGCAUUGGACAGGCGUGGGAUCCUGACCUGAAAUCGUUCUUCUCUCUCACUCUCGUUCAUUUUUUGAUGAAAAUACUGGUAUUGCAGUAGCAACAGUGAGCGUGGGAAGAUGACAAACGGUAACCCGGCAGUCUCCAUCACUCCAUUGUCCAAGCACCAUGUCGUCAAAGCGCGAUCCACUCUCUGGACGCGUUGGCCACCUUUCUGACCAUCAACAAGAAGCUCUAACUCAGUUUAGAACGGAGCUAAAGAAUGAGGGUUAUUUGGUGCCUUUGAGGCAUGAUGAUGCAUGUCUAUUGCGUUUCUUACGCGCCCGAAAGUUCGAUAUUCCAAAAGCGAAAGCGAUGAUUACUAGUCAGGAGAGAUGGAGAAAGGAUUUUGGUGUAGAUGAGCUUCAUAAGGGCUUUGAUUUCCCUGAGAAGGCUGAAGUGGACAAGUAUUACCCUCAAUUUUACCACAAGACUGACAAGGACGGUCGACCAGUCUACAUCGAACGUCUCGGAAAAAUCGACGUAAAGGCACUCUAUACCAUCACCACUCAGGAACGCCUUCUCAAGCGACUCGUAUAUGAAUAUGAGCGAUGUCUGAACGAUAGAUUCCCUGCUUGCACCAUACACUCCAAAUCUGAAAUCCCUAUAGAAACUUCUUGCACCAUUCUCGAUCUCCACAACGUCGGCAUCAGUGCUUUCGUCCAAGUCAAAGACUACGUUUUCAAGGCUUCUGCGAUUGGCCAAGAUCAUUAUCCCGAGUCCAUGGGCAAGUUCUUCAUCAUCAAUUCGCCAUGGGGUUUUUCAACCAUCUGGAAGUUCAUCAAACCAUGGUUGGACGAAGUCACUGUCGCGAAGAUCAAUAUUCUCGGCUCAUCAUACCAAAAGGAGCUAUUAGCUCAGAUUCCACCAGAGAAUCUGCCAGUGGAUUUGGGUGGAACCUGCGCAUGCGAGGGGGGAUGCUCGCUUUCGGAUGACGGCCCCUGGAACGAUCCUGAAAUCAUAAAAAAGGUAGAGGAAUGGAAAGAAGAAAGGCGUAAACGAGUAGAUGCCGAGGAGAAGGACCCUGCCACGUCGAUUGUUGCGCUGGCGCCCGAGCCUUCCGCGCCGGCACAUGGUAUUUCUGCUGAUCUGCCUCAGGAAGGAGACACCAUCACACCAGUGGUAUCUUAGUGCAGCUGUGUCUUACGUUCAAUCUCUGAACGCCGGAUUCAUCCCCGUUGCGGUAGAAAUUAAUUUCGUCGUCAUGGGCAGACAUUGGGGUUUACAGAAUCUCACCCAUAUAUAAACC